AUGGUCCGCACUUCCGUCCUCCACGAUGCCCUCAAGAGCAUGAACAACGCCGAGAAGGCCGGCAAGCGCCAGGUCCUCAUCCGCCCUAGCUCCAAGGUCAUCAUCAAGUUCCUUAGCGUCAUGCAGCGUCACGGUUACAUCGGCGAGUACGAGUACAUUGAUGACCACCGCUCUGGCAAGAUCGUCGUCCAGCUCAACGGCCGCCUGAACAAGUGCGGUGUUAUCUCUCCCCGCUACAACGUCCGCCUCGCCGACCUCGAGAAGUGGGUUGUCAAGCUGCUCCCUGCCCGUCAGUUCGGCUACGUCGUUCUCACCACCUCCGCCGGUAUCAUGGACCACGAGGAGGCUCGCCGCAAGCACGUGGCCGGCAAGGUCAUCGGUUUCUUCUACUAA